AUGGAUCCAAGUGAUAUACGGGCUAAGCACCUCAAGCGUUUUAGUUUGCCUGCGGGCGAUGCGGCCGUUGGUGAUGAAGCCCAGCAGCACCUUCAAGAGCAGCAGCAGGUCUCUGCUCAAACUGACGACGUCCUGAAAGUGGAGGACACACUGGAGCCCACAGAAGUUAUUGAAGCUGUCCAGCCUGUGCAGCAGCAGGGAAUAGAGCUGCCAGAUGCCAUCCCACCGGAGGCUUCAGCAGCCAUAAGUGCAAUUGCAUCGCUCAUGAAUCAGCCAGGUCGCAAGCAGCAGGCAUUUAUGCCAGUUUUUAUCUUCACCGCUGCUGCCCCUACACCAUUGGGCCCACCAGCAGCUGUGGUUAGCACUGCCCCACCAACUCCACCUCCUGAGCCUGUGGCAGCUACGGCUUCCACCGCCGAGCAACAGGCCCCACCACCACAACCUGCUGGGCUUGAUGUGAUUGAUCACCCUGCCCCAGAGGCUCCAUCUGAGCAGACAGAUGCUCCAAGCACUGAGGAUCAGGGCAAAGUUAUCAAUUUGAUAGAUUAUGAUGAGAGUAAUGCCCCAAAUUGA